UACUCGAAUUGAACUGGAUUUCGAGGGAUCCUAUCACUGAAUUCACAGCUGCAAACCCAACAAAAACACCCCCGAAAGCCACGAAGCAGACCAUAACUUCUAAUAUUAGCAUUUUGAUUACGGAGGAGCGCCAGUUUAGAGAACUAGCCAAGUGGGAAUUAGCUUUCGAGGGAUCUCUCUCAUUCAGUUCUCUUCACGGAAGAUCGUAAAACAGAUCUAAUGCAACAUGAAAAAGAUUUCGACCAAUUUAGAAAAGGGAAACUAAAAUAGGCACAACCAAAUCCGUCUCUUAUUGAAUACAAAAUGAAUCGCAAUAAAUUAUUACAAAGCAUAAUUUAAGGAGGACACCUUAUUGGGACCAGGGUCCACACACAACAUCAGAAUAUUUCGAAUACUCAACUCUAUUUGUCGGUAAGUUUUGAUAACCUAACCGGUGUGUAAUUAGCACAAGCUGCAAACCACCGCACGAACACCACCUUGUAGAAAUAUUAAAACAGCAGAACUAUAUUUUCAAUUCACAUUCAGUCAUUUGAGUAAAUACUCCCUUUCUAUAUUUCGAUCAACUUCCAUAAACAAGUUGAACAUAUGGAGUCCAUAAAUCUCAAAAGCACAUUGUUGGACGCGUGUUACCAAAUUCAUAAACUGGAUUAGGACACAUUCUUAUCGUCAAUAAAACUGUUUGAAGUUGAAGCACAAAAUCAAAAUAAUAACAAGCGACUGCAACUGUCAGCAGAAUGACAUCAGAGCGAAGUGAAGAAGCAGAGACACUGAUGGCGAAAGAGACACCUGGCGACCUUAAUUCACAAGGGGUUAUGGGCGACUCUUCUGCAAUUGGGAAGAGCAACAGUGCUGGAGGAGGGGAGGGAUCCACACAACACACACGGGACAGCCAGGAGGAGACAGCGAAGAUGGAAGAAGAAGAAGAGGGGCAGAAGCAGCUGGAACAUGCCAACUCAUUCGGGGACAUCGCCACAACAACACCAGCAGUGUCCAGUGGCGAUAAUAACACACUUGCACUGCUGGCAUCUUCAUCCUCAACAACAACUACAACAACAACUACUACAACAGCAGAAGCAGCUGAAUACAACGAGGACCAUGAACCACCACCACGACAAACAGAUCACGCGGAAAGUCUCAGCAUUACAAUAGAAGGGGACGCAUAUAGAGACCGAAUAUUGUCCAAAGAAGGAGAACCAGUGUCACCACUGUCACCCUAUGGGGGAUCAGAGAGCUCUUCUUCGAUUGAUAUUGAGCGGGACUGUUCCAGUGCAUUCUCGACAGUGGCCAGUCCCAAACUGAAACUGAGUAGCUACUCGUUAUCAGCAGCAGACACUAAGUACAGGUACAAGUACACGACACUCCCCAGUGGAGGCGGAGGAGGAGGGGAGAAGAGGAACAGAUUGUCACUAGAGAAGUACAAGACAAGCAGCACAAGAGGCGACUAUUCCAGUUCUCUUUCCAGAUAUGAAGAAGGGGGAGGAGGAGUGGGAAGUAGCAGCAGUAGCAGACGGACAAGAGAGGCGAGAGAGACUGAGAAGAAGAAGAAGAAGGAAGAAGAAAAAGAGAUUGAGAAGAGUAUAGUUGAGAGUGGUGCUGUUCGAAUAGUGGAGUAUUUGAGGAUGGUGCAGACAGUGGACAAGGAGAGCAUCACACUCUACUGCAGGUUCGAGGGUAAGGUGGAUUCGAUUGUGUGGCUGCAUGAGGGGAGAGUGAUCCGGAAUGAGGCGGACUUCAGACAGUUCCACACUCCGGACGGGUUUGCCUGUCUCGUCAUACAGGAUGCCAUGCACCCAGAGGACACCGGCACUUACACGUGCACACUCACAGCUGCCCACUCGUCUUCUACUUCAACUACUACUGCUGCUAGUGAGAAACAGACAGCAGAGAAAGAGGGUGAGGAGGAGGCGGGCACAGACACAAAAAGAAAGAAGGACGCCAGUAGCUCCACCAGCUGCAGCUGUGACAUGUUCCUCGAUGUCAAGAGAGGCGGUGGUGGCGAUUGCGUGCAGCGGAGGAUGGAUAGGAAGAUAGAAUUUAAUAGGAGCAGUGAUCUCCUCAGGGCAACUCAGCAGAUGUUGAGGGGCCCAGUGGGACCCCCUCUGUUCACGUGUGGCCUACCCGCAGACACUCACGCACACGAUGGGGACAGGGUCACUCUCAGAUGCAAAAUACAAGGGAGUGAGCCGAUGAAGGUGGAGUGGCUGCAUCCGGGAGGUCAGCAGUCAGGCGCACCAGGCGGAGGAGGUGGGGUGGAGGGGGAGGACUUCUUGACAGAUGUGCAGCAGACAGCCACUGGGGACUGUGUGAGGGCCAGUAUGACCAUCCCAGACUGUGUGGAGAGUGAGGACAGAGGGGAGUGGACAUGCAGAGUGAGCAACAAGUACGGAGUGGCCACCACACUCACCACACUACAUGUACAGCCCCAGACACAGCCACAAGGCGUUCCAGCACAACCUGUAACGAAGCACAACAUCCACACAAACACCCACGGCGUCCCAGUGGAUAACUAUGAAUUCAUACUCGCUUCACCAGCUAAUCAAGCCUUUGCUACGCCCAGCAACAACGACCAGUACGCUAAUCAACUGGGUAGAGCUUCCUCCCAAUUGAAAUCUGUUCAAACUGCUCCCAAUGCGAUGCUGUCUUCUGUCCCUUUUGCCACGGUCAAAGUGCGAAAGACAAGUGAGCCCCCCAUGUACAGUAACUCUAGCAACAACACUGGCCUCUCGGUGCUCGCUGAGUUUGACACAGACCCGGUGCUGCCCAGCUACUCGUGCAGACCGAAGAAAGUGCUGCAGAAGUCGCAGUCUCUGAAUCCUUACAGCGUGGACUACAUGUCUACCAGAGGAAGUGGAGUAGCCGCACUCCGACCUGUGAGGAUGAUGGAUCCAGGGUCCGGUGCAAUGGCUCCAGUGGGAGGCUUCGAGGGACUGCCGUUUGGGAAAGUGACUAUUGACAAGGAGAAUGCCAAUGGCAGGGAAGUGGGCAACAGAGGAUCCAUGAUAUCCAUCGAGCUCGAAAGCAGCAGCAGUUCCUCAUCAACCCUUUCUCAGCACAGUGGUCAUGAUAGGUCUUAUUUAGAUCCACCAACAACCAACUACAGUGAUAGGCUCCCAAGCUCAAGGCGUAAGCCUCAUAUGCCCAUCGCAAAACAACAAUCUCUUCCCUACACUUACACCAACAAUUAUAACCCCAUAACUUACACACCGCUGGUUUCUAGACAAUUGUCGCUUGAUAAAGCUCAAACUAGUCUUGGUGUAACACCUCCGUUCGAGAAUGCAGUUCCGAGCGAGUCUAAUAAGAAAGAGGAUUUGAUCCGAUAUCUACAGAGCUUGCCAGAUGCACUGUUCGACCACGGAUCAGUCAGUGAACAACUAAUUUCUCAGGCUCUGAAUACAGGACAGAUAGGCAGAGUUGAUCCAAAAACUAGUGCGGAAUCUCAGAAAGAGUCGGAAUCCAGACGUUCACUAUUUAAUUCAGAGACUCGUAACAUUAGCCAGGAGCUAACACGAAGCUGCAAUAAGUUUGAUGACGCAGAGCAAACCAAUCGAAAUAUUAAUAACUUUCUAUCACAUACAAAAGACACUAAAAGCAGCAGUAGCUUUCAACCUCAGACCGAUUCAGAGCUCAUAUCUAAGAAUUCAAGCCAGCUAGCUUUGACACAAGAUAAGGAGGAGCCACCAGGAAACAAAACUCAGAUCUCAACUUGGACUGGACCAGUAACAGCUUCCACGGAAUCACAAGGCAGGGCUAGAAAAGAAUCUCAACCCAGAGAAAAACGGGCCAAGUCUGCGGGCAAGAUCCCCGUGCCAGCCAGACUGGCCAGAUCCAAAACUCCUAUCCCCACCACCACUCUCAAGGCUACAGAGACGACCACAGAUCGCUCAGCCAAUCAGACGACGCCGUCUACAAAAAAUACUGAAGGGAACCCAAGCAAAAACAACCCCACAGGAAAAAAUAUUGGACUGCAAUCAAACCAAACAAAUAUUCCCUCAAAAACUGGAGCAUCUCAUAAAGCCGGGACCAAUCCUAAGCCAGAUGGAUCCGCGAAAAGUCUGGACAUUAAGACCACUCGUGCAGCUAAUUACCCAAGACAGACAUUUAGACGAUAACUGGUAGUUAAUCAAUAAUUCACCCCUAUUAUUCAUUAA